AACGGUGGUCGCUGCAGGGAACUGAUACACACAUAUAAACAAACGUUUCUGCUUCAUCUGGCUCUGUGAAGACUGCAUUAAAUGUACUGUUAGUGAUGUUUCCCUUUGACUUCACAAUGCUGAAGCAGGCAUACGGAGAUUUCUUCACGUCGAUAUGAGCAAGUUAGCAUUACGUUACAAGUUAUGCUGUCUAGCUCACAUUAGCUUUACUUUGACUGGACUGCAGCAAGUAAGCUUCUAGCAUUCAGUCGAUACAGAAACCCACUUCCACUAAAUCUGAGGUUGAGGAACGAGAGGUCACUGUGAAUGUUCUCCAUUUAGUAUGUCGGACUCAGACAGUGACGAGGACCAAGAUCGCCCUUUCUCUCUGACUGGCUUCCUCUUCGGAAACAUCAACGAAGAUGGACAGCUGGAGGAUGACAGCGUUCUGGACAGUGAGUCCAAAAAGCAUUUGGCUGGUUUGGGUACCCUCGGACUGGGCUCACUUAUUACAGAGAUCACUGCCGAUGAGGAGGAGGAUGAUCAAGACGAGAGCAGAGACACUGCUAGUAUGGACGCAGAUGGUUGGGUAAAAAGUACAGAAGAUGCAGUAGAUUACUCUGACAUCAAUGAGGUUGCUGAGGAUGAAACAAAUAAGUACCGUCAGGCUAUGGGGUCUUUGCAGCUGAACAGGAAAUCAGUCUUAGAUGAUGAGGAUGACUAUGAUGCUGACUGCGAGGAUAUUGAUUCAAAGCUUAUGCCUCCUCCGCCACCAAGUCUUCCUACAGCUGUUAAGAAAGAGGAACCCACCUCUCCGAGCCCAAAUGUUGGGGAAGAGGGUGAUGGCAUCAUCCUACCCUCCAUCAUUGCGCCGUCCUCAACGGCUGACAAGGUUGACUUCAGCAGCUCAUCAGACUCAGAAUCAGAAACUGACCGUCCCUGCCAGGACUCAGAGGCUGGAGACACCCCAGAUAUGCUCAACCUCCCUCUUGCUGGCAUCAUGCAGAAAGAUGCUGCCAAAGCACUGCCAGAUGUUACAGAACUCUUCACUGAGUUCAGGCCUGGAAGGGUGCUUAGAUUCUUACGGCUGUUUGGUCCUGGAAAGAACAUGCCAUCAGUUUGGAGGAGUGCCCGCAGGAAGAAAAAGCGGAAGCACCGGGACCAUCAGCCUGGGACACCUCCUCCAGAAGGAGAGCCAACGGAGCAAAGCCUGGAGAAGAAGUCUGGAUGGAUUUAUGAGUAUGCACCCCCCCCUCCUCCAGAACAGUGUCUCUCUGAUGAUGAGAUAACCAUGAUGGCUCCAGUAGAAUCCAAGUUCUCACAAACUAGUGGCGAUGGGGACAAGGAGGCAGAGUCUCGGCCUAAAGUAGCAGAAUGGAGAUAUGGUCCCGCCCAGCUCUGGUACGACAUGCUCGGCGUCUCCGAGGAUGGAAACAACUUCAACUACGGCUUCAAGCUGAAAGAAGAGCAGACCAGUGAGCUUCAGCAGCAGGACACGCUUGAAGAAAUACGAGAUACUGCUCGUGAGUUUCUGAGGCGGGACGGUGACAAUGCUGACAACAAUAAUGAUGGAGAUAAGGAACCAUCAGCACUUGAGAAUGAGCUCUUCCUGAUGGUUACUCAGCUCAAAUGGGAGGACGAUAUUAUUUGGAAUGGGGAGGACGUAAAACACAAGAGCACAAAGACACAGCGAGCCAGCCUAGCAGGAUGGCUGCCUUCGAGCAUGACUCGCAAUGCCAAUGCGUACAACGCACAGCAGGGUCUCACAAGAAGUAAUUCUCAGUUGGUGCCACCUCUACCUCCGCCCAUGCCCAAAGUUUCUUCAAUCUCUGGCUCUAAGCGGGAAAAAAACAUCCAUGAUAAUCAAGCCUUUCAGGAAGACGACUCCCCUUGGUUCUCCAUUUUCCCAAUUGACAGCGAGGAGUUAGUGUAUGGACGCUGGGAAGAUAACAUUAUCUGGGAUGACCAGGAGAUGGAUCGCAUGCUCAUGCCACCUGUUCUUACACUGGAUCCCAACGAUGAAAAUAUCAUCCUAGAAAUCCCAAAUGAAAAGGAGGAGAUGACUUCCCACUCCCCAUCAAAGGAGAAUAAGAAGGAAACGGCAAUCAAAAAGAGCCGCAUCCUGCUAGGCAAGACCGGGGUGAUAAAAGAUGAGCCACAGCAGAACAUGUCGCAGCCGGAAGUGAAGGACCCCUGGAACCUCUCCAAUGAUGAGUUCUACUAUCCUAAACAGCAGGGCCUGAGGGGGACGUUCGGUGGCAACAUCAUUCAGCACUCCAUCCCGGCGCUGGAGCUGAGGCAGCCCUUCUACCCCACUCACAUGGGGCCCAUGAAAUUGCGCCAGUUCCAUCGACCGACCCUGAAGAAGUAUUCAUUUGGAGCUCUGGCUCAGCCAGGUCCCCAUGCCGUCCAGCCGCUGCUCAAACACAUCAAGAAGAAGGCCAAGACGCGAGAGCAGGAGCGGCAGGCAUCGGGGGGAGGAGACAUGUUCUUCAUGAGAACCCCGCAGGACUUGACUGGUAAAGAUGGAGAUCUGAUCCUGGCAGAGUACAGUGAAGAGUACGCCCCUCUCAUCAUGCAAGUUGGCUUGGCCACGAAAAUCAAAAACUACUACAAAAGGAAACCUGGAAAGGAUCCUGGAGCACCUGACUGUAAAUAUGGAGAGACCGUAUACUGCCACACGUCCCCUUUCCUGGGUUCUCUUCAUCCUGGACAGCUGCUCCCGGCUUUUGAAAACAACCUCUUUCGCGCGCCAAUCUACAUGCACAAGAUGCCGGAGACUGAUUUCUUGAUUCUACGAACUCGACACGGCUACUACAUUAGAGAAAUAGUGGACAUGUUUGUUGUCGGUCAGCAGUGCCCCUUGUUUGAGGUUCCAGGGCCCAACUCCAAACGAGCCAAUACUCACAUCAGAGACUUCCUACAGGUGUUCAUUUACCGCCUGUUCUGGAAGAGCAAGGACCGGCCCCGGAGAAUCCGCAUGGAGGAUAUAAAGAAAGCUUUUCCCUCGCACUCUGAGAGUAGCAUCAGGAAACGACUAAAACUCUGUGCCGACUUCAAACGCACAGGUAUGGACUCGAACUGGUGGGUGCUGAAGCCUGACUUCAGAUUGCCCACGGAGGAGGAGAUCAGGGCCAUGGUGUCUCCAGAGCAGUGCUGCGCUUACUAUAGCAUGCUGGUGGCAGAGCAGAGACUCAAGGAUGCUGGAUAUGGCGAGAAGUCCUUCUUCGCUCCCGAGGAGGAGAACGAAGAGGACUUUCAAAUGAAGAUUGACGAUGAGGUGCGGACAGCUCCUUGGAACACAACGAGAGCCUUCAUUUCUGCCAUGAAGGGGAAAUGCCUGUUGGAGGUUACAGGCGUGGCGGAUCCGACAGGCUGCGGAGAGGGUUUCUCCUACGUCAAAGUGCCCAACAAGCCCACUCAGCAGAAGGAUGACAAAGAGCCACAGCCUGCCAAGAAGACGGUGACGGGGACAGAUGCUGACCUGAGGAGACUCUCACUGAAGAAUGCCAAGCAGCUGCUGCGCAAGUUUGGUGUUCCAGAGGAAGAGAUCAAGAAGCUCUCUCGCUGGGAGGUGAUUGACGUGGUGAGGACCAUGUCCACGGAGCAGGCGCGUUCAGGCGAGGGACCCAUGAGCAAGUUUGCCCGAGGCUCUCGUUUCUCCGUUGCGGAACACCAGGAGCGCUACAAGGAGGAGUGCCAGAGGAUUUUCGACCUGCAGAACAAAGUGUUGGAGUCGACCGAGGUGCUCUCCACGGACACAGACAGCAGCUCAGCGGAGGACAGUGACUUUGAGGAGAUGGGGAAGAACAUUGAGAACAUGCUGCAGAACAAGAAGACCAGCUCCCAGCUUUCCCGCGAGAGGGAGGAGCAGGAGAGGAAAGAGCUGCACAGGAUGCUGAUGGGCGACGAGAACGAGCGUGACCAUAAGGGACGCAAGGCACGCAAAGGCUUGUCCAGCUCCUUAUCCACCGGCUCCCACAAGGACGAUGACACAUCCUCCGUCACCAGCCUAAACUCCUCGGCCACGGGCCGGCGUCUCAAGAUCUAUCGCACCUUCAGGGACGAGGACGGCAAGGAAUACGUCCGAUGCGAGACAGUACGCAAGGCGUCCGUCAUUGACGCCUACACCAGGAUCAGAUCCACCAAGGACGACGAUUUCAUAAAAAAGUUUGCCCUCUUCGAUGAGCAGCACAGAGAAGAGAUGAGGAAGGAGCGCCGGCGAAUUCAGGAGCAGCUGAGGAGGCUCAAGAGAAACCAAGAGAAAGAUAAGAUCAAAGGACCCCCGGAGAAAAAGUCCAAGAAGAUGAAGGAGAGACCGGACCUCAAAGUGAAAUUAAAGUGCGGCGCCUGUGGAGCCAUUGGACACAUGAGAACCAACAAGUUCUGCCCGCUGUACUACCAGACCAACGCCCCGCCUUCUAACCCAGUUGCUAUGACGGAGGAGCAGGAGGAGGAGCUGGAAAAGACCGUCAUCCACAACGACAACGAGGAACUGAUCACGGUGGAGGGCACCAAGAUCGUACUGGGCAAGCAGCUCAUUGAGAGUGCUGAUGAGGUGCGCAGAAAAUCUUUAGUGCUCAAGUUCCCCAAGCAGCAGCUCCCACCAAAGAAGAAGAGGCGCGUCGGCAACGCUGUGCACUGCGACUACCUCAAUAAACCACACAAGGCCAUCCACCGCAGGCGCACGGACCCCAUGGUGACCUUGUCCUCUGUGCUGGAGAGCAUCAUCAAUGACAUGCGGGAUCACCCCAACACGUAUCCAUUCCACACACCAGUGAAUGCCAAGGUUGUGAAGGACUACUAUAAGAUCAUCACUCGGCCCAUGGACCUGCAGACGCUGAGGGAGAACGUACGGAAGCGACUGUACCCGUCGAGGGACGAGUUCCGGGAAGCAGUGGAAGUUAUCGUCAAAAACAGCGCCACCUACAAUGGGGCAAAACAUCCAAUAACACAGGUAGCACAGUCCAUGCUAGACCUGUGUGAUAAUAAACUAAAAGAGAAGGAAGACAGGCUGGUGAGGCUGGAGAAAGCCAUCAACCCCUUGCUGGACGAUGACGAUCAGGUGGCCUUCUCCUUCAUCCUCGACAACAUUGUGACCCAGAAAAUGAUGGUGGUUUCCGACUCAUGGCCGUUUCACCAUCCUGUCAACAAAAAGUUUGUCCCGGAUUAUUACAAGGUGAUUGUAUGUCCCAUGGAUCUUGAGAGCAUUCGUAAGAACAUCUCCAAACACAAAUACCAGAAUCGAGAUGUGUUCCUGUCAGACAUCAGUUACAUCCACGCCAACAGUAUCAAGUACAACGGCCCAGAAAGUCCGUACACCAAGACGGCCCUGGAUAUCGUCAACGUGUGCAAGCAUACCUUGGCAGAGUAUGAUGAGCACUUGACGCAGUUGGAGAAGGACAUCUCUACUGCUCAAGAGGCCGCUCUGGAUGCAGCGGACUUGGAGUGUCUGGACCCAAUGACGCCUGGGCCAUACACACCGCAGGCAGAGGAUGGAGACGGAGAACUAGAGGAUGACGAUGAUGAGGAGGACAUGUUGCUACCGCCUCACAGAGGGAUGCACGACCACGAGGAGGAGGAAGAGGAAGAGGACGGAGUAUCUAACCAUCCGCCCCAAGCCAGCAUUCUGUACCAGGACCUGCUCAUGUCUGACGGAGAGGACGAUGCCAGUGAAGAGGAGGGCGACAACCCUUUCUCCUCCAUACACCUGUCAGAGAGUGGAAGUGACUCUGACAGAGAACUGGAUGUGAGACCUGCAACUCCCCAGAGAGUGCAAGAGACGGCCCGCAUGGGCAUGGAGCAAGACGAGAGCAUGAUGUCAUACGAAGGGGAAGGGCCUGAUGAGCCUCACAUGGAAGACAGCAACGUCAGUUACGGCAGCUACGAGGAGACAGAGAGCCAGAGUCAGUUGCAGCCCAUUAGCAUGGGGAACGGAGAGGACUACGCCAUCAGCGAAGAAGAGGAGGAAGAUGAGGAAGAUGAAGCACGCAGGAGAGGCCCAGCUGUUCUCUCCAAGGUCCAGCUCAGUGAAGACGAGGAGAGCGAAGAAUUCCGAUCCAUAGGGGGAGACAGCGACAUGGACUCUGACAACUAGUUAAUUUUUCUUUUUUUAUCAACAGUACUAAAAAACCAUUGUUUAUAGUCACAGUUUUUCAAUGGAAAAGGAAAAUAAAUUGUACAUACUUAUUUUGUAAAUGAUGGUUCAUGUUUAAAGCUCUGUUGUACCAACAGUAUAUGGACACAGCACAUUGUAAAUCUCCGUUUGCCAUUUUUUAUGUAUGAAUCAUGGACUGUGAUGGUUCUUCACAAGGAAGUGUGUGUACAGAUGUUUUGUACUGUUUUAACUCGGACAUAUCCUGCAUAAGUCGUUCAGCUACUCUGCUUUUUCUAUCGCUCCUCUUGAUUGAAAAAUAGAAUAAACAUGCUGAAGUUAGCAGCUCUUUCUUUAACAAAAACAAACGUCAAAUAAUAUUUACAGAUAUUUUGAGGCAUAAUAGAUCUUUUCUUUUCUCUGUUUACCACUGGUGAGGAGAUUAGUUUAGUAAAACAUUGAAAUAAAAUUGUAACAAAUGCUUUGCCUGCAGGUGUUACAACAACCCACAAUUAUACGAUUCAAGAUUAGAGGUUAAAACAUGAUUAUGUUGGUUAUUUGGAUUUUAUUGAGUUUGGUUUGUGGUUGAAAGUCACAGCAAAUACUCUGACAUGGCAUCACAUGAAAAAUCACAGGUGUAAGUAAUAAUUUAAUGAGUCGCUGCAUCACAUUUAGAUUAGCCCUGUUCUUAUGCAUGCUGUCCUGAACUUAAAUCAAGUCAAAAUAAGCUUUGGUUUAUCUUUAGAUUAUUAUUUUUUCAAUGUAUCUGUUCCAAAACCCAAACAUACUUACAAUGAUAAAAACUGAGAAAAGCUAAAACAUUUAAUUUGUGAUAAAAAAUAAGUGCAAAUUAAGUCUUCAUACUGGGAGACUGAAUGGAGCCAUCCUUAAUGUUACUGGUUACACACGCCCACGCUUUUCCUGUGCUGGUUAUCAUCACUUUCUUAUAAUCUAAUAAUAAACACUUUUUCUAAGUGUAAGAUGAUCAGAUAUUUUCUCUCUCUAGUGUUUUCCUCAGUUUAAAGUAGUUUGAUGGAUCACUGAAUAAAUGAAUAAUCAAAACUCAAUCAAACAUGUUUAAAACCUCAUGACCAGCAGAGGGUGGUCCAACACCAAACUGCUAUACAGGCUAUUACAUGUCUCUGUUCUCGUAGUAUUCUGUACUGUCACAUGUAUCAUCACUGUUUUCUUUACCAGUUCCCCAUAAUAAACACCUGUACAAUGAC